AUGGAUGAACCUGAAAGUAGUAGGCAUGAAGAGGUCAAUAUUGAAAUUGAUGAUCAAUUUGCUCUAGAUGGCAAGGAUGAUGUUGUUGAUGUGAAAGAAGGGUUAGCUUCCCAAACCUAUGAUAGUUUACGAAUGCUUACUAAGGAAGAUGUGUUGCAAAUGAAAUUCAAUUCAGAGGAUGAUGCUUAUACUUUCUACAAUGCAUACGCUAAGGUCAUCGGUUUUAGCGUACGAAGAAGUAGAAAAAGAAUUAGUGGAGACAACAAAUUUGUAGAGAGUAGGAAAUGGGUUUGUCCAAGGGAAGGUGUAAGCGAAAAGAAAUACUUGCAACGUGUGGAACGGUCAGGGGGUUAUGAGAAGGUGGGCUUCAUUCACAGAGAUUUGCACAAUCAAUUCCAAGCUGAGCGCAAAGUACAACUCGCAGAAGGGGAUGCAGAGGGUGCGUUAGGAUACUUGUCAGCUAAAUUAGAUGCAGAUCCAUUAUUUUUUUUCAAAUACAACGUCGAUAAGGACAACCGGUUGGACAAGAUUUUCUGGGCAGAUUGUAGGUCUCGAAUGGAUUAUGCUGCAUUUGGUGAUGUAUUGGUAUUUGAUACAACUUAUCGUACAAAUGCAUAUAAGAAGCCAUUUGUAAUUCUAGCUGGCGUGAGUAACCAUUUCAUGACAACUAUAUUCGGAUGUGCUUUGUUGCCUGAUGAGACAAUGGAGACAUACACGUGGGUGCUGGAAAUGUUAAUGGAGGCCAUGGAUGGUAAAAGACCCAUCUCCGUUGUAACAGAUGGUGAUAGGGCAAUGCGUCAGGCAAUCAAAAGAGUUAUUCCAAACUGCAGACAUCGUUUAUGUUCUUGGCAUCUGGAGAAAAAUGCCUCAACAAAUGUCCACAUACCAGAAUUUACAACUGAUUUUGCACAGUUGAUGUUGAAGAAAUGUAAAAUUGAUGAGUUUGACAAUGCCUGGGCUGCUAUGGUGAAACAGUACAAGUUGGAGAACAAUAACUGGGUGUUGGAUAUUCAUCUGAAGCGUGAUAAUUGGGCUGAGGCAUAUCUCCGUGGUCGCAUGUUUGCUGGAAUGAGGAGCACUCAACGUGUCGAGGGUAUAAAUGCAUAUUUCAAUAUAUUCCUAAACCAAAAGGUUAGGCUGUAUGAAUUUGUAGCGCAGUAUGAUAGGGCUCUUGCUAGAAUGCGUGUUAAUGAGGCAGAAACAGAAUCUAAAACAGAGAAUAGUUUCCCGGUUUUGACUACGCCAUUGAGGAGUUUGGAGAAACAUGCAGCUGAACUCUUUACUCGGAAGAUUUUCUCAUUGUUUCAACAUGAAAUCAGGAAAGAGGGUAAAUUGUUUGUGAUGGAAAGAGUUCAGCUUGAGGAUCAUCGCACCUACCGUUUUGGUGAGUACAAGGCACCAACAUGCACGUGGACGGUUGAGUAUUUUCCAGCUAAUAUCACAAUGAAAUGUUGUUGCUUGAAGUUUGAGUCGUUUGGCAUCCCUUGCUGCCACAUGAUUGCUGUUAUGAAAUCUGAACAAUUAAUGUGUAUUCCACCGAGUUGUGUCUUGCAGAGAUGGACAAGACGUGGUAGGUCAAAGUGUCAACAACCAAGUCUUACCCAAAUUUGUAGCACCCUAACACAGACAGCUCGGUUUGGUAUACUCAGCUCCUGUUUUAGUGAAAUGUCAUAUUAUGCCUCACACGCGGACAAAGAUUUUGAAGAGGCAAGGGAAAUAGCUUUCCAGCUGACAUCGCAGAUGAAAAAACGUUGGGCAAUGAGAAAAGAAGGUAACGCCGAGGCUGGGGACAAAAAUAUUGCACCCAAACUAUAUGGCGUUGGUGAUCCGAAUGUAGUGAAGACCAAAGGGAACCCCGGAGGGACAUCUUCUAUGGGUAAACCUCCAAAACCAAGGCGGUGUGGGUAUUGUAGGAGCAUUGGACACACGAAGCGGACGUGUAAAAAAUUGGCUUCAAGUAGCCACAGAGAGGGUAGCAACUCAGACAGUGAACCAUUCAUGAACACAGAGUUGGAUCCCCACACGGAUGAUAUCGAUGAAUUGCCAAUUUGUCCAAAUGAUCCACUGUAG